AUGCUGGAGUUCUUUGCAGUCCUGCAAACCAGGCAAUCAGGCAAAAGAAGCAAAGCGCAGAAGGUGAAGGGACGAAAGACGGACCACGACGACUUAAAGCAGUGGUUACUGAAGGAGACGACUCAGCAUGAAGCUUCAUGGAGAAGGACAACGUCAGAGUGGUGGCAUGGCCUGGUCAAUGGGCCGUCAUCCCAUGUAGAGCUCAUCAGGCAGCGGAAACCUUCAAGCGACGAGGUGCAGGCCAUGUCAAGCGAGGAGGGUGACGAGGAUGAGGAUGCGACAAAAGGCAUCUUGAACAUCCUGGCUUCCGUCAAGACGUCGGUGGUUGCAGCCGUGCUUGGCACUGGAAGCGGCCGAUCCGAUGAGGAUGAGGACAACAAGGACCCUCCAGUCGAGGAGGAGGGCAGUGAGGAUUGGUGGCAAUCCGCGCAAGCGGCCCUAGGAAUGGCGGAUGACUCUGACAAAGCAGAGUCUCCUGCAGCCAUGACGGAGGAGCCGGAGGAGGUACCUGCAGCCCUGCCACAGAGGCUGGAAGAGGAAGCAGCAGAGGAGCCGUUAGAGUUGGAGGCAGAGCCGGUGCUGGAGGCCGUCGAUGUGCCGGAGGCGACUUCGUUCGGGUUUCGGGGUAUCAG